AGAAGGGGCAAGGAAAGCCGCGACAGAGCAAGAAAGAAGCUGCUGGUUGGCCCCACAAUGAAAACACUCGUUCUUUUGCUGCUGGUGCUCCUGGACUUGGGACUGACUCAAAAAGCCCUCCACAGGGUGCCCCUCAGAAGGCAUCCGUCCCUCCGGAAGAAGCUGCGGGCACGGGGCCAGCUCUCUGAGUUCUGGAAAGCCCAGAAUUUGGACAUGAUCCAGUACACCGAGGCCUGCACGGCGACGCAGAGUGCCAACGAGCCCCUCAUCAACUACAUGGAUACAGAAUACUUUGGCACCAUCUCCAUUGGCUCUCCACCGCAGAACUUCACUGUUAUCUUUGACACUGGCUCCUCCAACCUCUGGGUCCCUUCCGUGUACUGCACAAGCCCAGCCUGCAAGACACACUCCAGGUUCUACCCUUCCCAGUCCACCACAUACAGCAUCGUGGGGAGUCAGUUCUCCAUUCAGUAUGGCACUGGGAGGUUGUCUGGAAUCAUUGGGACCGACCAAGUCUAUGUGGAAGGACUUCUUGUGGUCGGCCAGCAAUUUGGAGAGAGUGUCACGGAGCCUGGCCAGACCUUUGUGAACGCAGAGUUUGAUGGAAUUCUGGGCCUGGGAUACCCCUCCUUGGCUGUGGGAGGGGUGACCCCAGUGUUCGACAAUAUGAUGGCUCAGAACCUGGUGGAUAUACCCAUGUUUUCUGUGUACAUGAGCAGUGACCCAGAAGGUGGCGGGGGGAGUGAGCUGAUUUUUGGAGGCUAUGACCAUUCCCAUUUCUCUGGGAAUCUGAACUGGGUCCCUGUCACCAAGCAAGGCUACUGGCAGAUUGCACUGGAUGUAAUCCAGGUGGGAGGUGCAGUGAUGUUCUGCUCUGAGGGCUGCCAGGCCAUUGUGGACACAGGGACUUCCCUCAUCACGGGCCCCUCGGAUGAGAUCAAGCAGCUGCAGAAGGCCAUCGGGGCAGAGCCGGUAGAUGGAGAAUAUGCCGUGGAGUGCGCCAACCUCAAUGUCAUGCCGGAUGUCACCUUCACCAUCAACGGAGUCUCCUACACCCUCCAGCCAACUGCCUACACCCUGCUGGACUUGGUGGAUGGAAUGGAGUUUUGCAGCAGUGGCUUUCAAGGUCUUGACAUCCAGCCUCCAGCUGGGCCCCUCUGGAUCCUGGGUGAUGUCUUCAUUAGACAGUUUUAUUCAGUCUUUGAUCGUGGGAAUAACCGUGUGGGGCUGGCCCCCGCAGUCCCCUAAGCAGUGCCUUGUCCGUGUGUCUGCCUGCCUGCCUGACGCCCCUUAGGAAAAGUCAUUUUCGGUAGGAUGCAAUUAUUCCAGAGUUGCUACUUGAAUUAGGACCAAAUGGAGCACAAGAACAUACAUACCCACUCAGCAUGUGUGUCACAUGCUUCAUGCAUUUCACACACACCCACAUACACACCUCCUCCACUACCAUCAUGAUGGAAGAAUUAAGUCGUAUGCCCAUACUUUUUACUGCUUUUUGCUAACAUUUUCUUUUGGAAAUCUCCAAACAUGUACCCAAGCAGAGAUUAUAGUGAAAUAAAUCCCUGUGGACCCUGGCCACCUUUCAUAACCCACCAGCACGUAGCCAGGCCUGUUUUUUCUACAGCACGUCUUCUCCUCUCUCCGGCCCACACACCUGCAUUAUUCUGAAACAAAUUCUUACCAUCACAUCAUAAAUCAUCACAUCAAAGAUUUAUCAUAAAUCCUUCUACUGUUCUUACGUACGCAACCAGUGUUCAAAUGUUCUUCAUUGCCUAGGAAAUGUUGGGUCAUUUUCUCAGUUGACUUGUUUGUAUCGAGAUGCAAAUAAAUUUUACAAACUGCAUUUA